AACGUUGGUGCUCCACUAAGAAACGGAUGGAGUGCGCAGAGAGAUAGCCAGACUUGGUAAAAAAAUAAUUAAAUAAUAAAUAAUUAAUCCGUAAUAAAGAGGAAAUUCCUGAAGCUAGAAUUGGGGUGGGAAACUGGGAAUAGAAGCCCCGGUCGGCCGUAGUGGUGAGAGUGGUCCCCACUGCCCGAUCGGGAAGUUCAUCUCGUUAAGCCCAACAAAGGUCUCCUCAAUUUCAUGAACAUGGGUUUCUAAUUACAUUUGCUCUCACUUUUUGAGUAGAGUUUUGUCUGGGAGUAGUAGGGCUUUCUCCGGCAGAAUCCCGUUUCUGUGAUUAGGAGAUUAGUUUUGAAUUUCCAGUUGAUUUGAUUCGAGGCAAGGGAAAUGAGAGAAAUGAUUCAUUGUUGGAAGGUUGUCUUCAACUUGGUGCUUUUGCUAAAUGUUUUUACAACACCAAAGGCAUUUCAUACAGAAGAUUCUUUUGAGCAGUGUGAACACACAGUCAAAAAGUGGGCAUCUUCUUCCCUUGAAUCAGAAAUCAACAAAGAAAAUCAUCUGCUGAGAGACUUGCUAUUUUUCCUUCACGUUCCCAGGACAGGAGGAAGGACUUAUUUUAGCUGUUUCCUCAAAAAGCUAUAUGCUAAUUCUUUGGAGUGUCCACGCUCCUAUGAUAAGUUGAGGUUUGAUCCCAGAAAGACAAACUGCCGAUUGUUGGUUACUCAUGAUGACUACAGCGUGAUGUCUAAACUUCCCCGUGAUAGAACUUCUGUGGUGACAAUUAUUAGGAACCCGAUUGACCGUAUCUUUAGUGCUUAUGAAUUUUCAGUGGAGGUAGCAGCCAGGUUCUUGGUGCAUCCUAACUUAACAUCUGCCACCAGAAUGUCAGGAAGGGCCCGCUCAAGUAGUAAGGGAGUAAGCACCCUAGAUAUCUGGCCAUGGAAGUAUUUGGUUCCAUGGAUAAGAGAAGACCUAUUUGCUCGAAGAGAAGCUAGAGCACGUAGAGGUGAAAAAGUUAUGUAUGGAAAUGAUCCAUAUGAUAUGGAGGAUAUAGUGAUACCAUUACACAAGUUUAUUAAUGACCCUAUAGCUCAGGAUAUCGUUCAGAAUGGGGCCACAUUUCAGGUUGCAGGACUCACAAACAACUCUUAUAUGACAGUGUCUCAUCAUGUGCGCCAUUGUGUACUCAAGUAUCAUACUCUUGGUCAGUAUGCACUCGAAGUUGCGAAGAAGAGGUUGGAUGGAAUGUUGUAUGUUGGGAUCACUGAGAACCACAAAGAGUCUGCCACCAUGUUUGCAAAUGUGGUUGGUACUCAGGUGAUUUCCCAGUUAACUCCCUCAAGGUUAGGCAAAAGCACUUCCGAAUCUACUAACAACAAUUCAGAACAAAUAAAUCUUUCCGAAGAUUCUGGCUUGGAUGCUGAGAUGACUGCAAAAAAACUCAUCAAUGCGUAUGAGGCCUGUGUGAAGAGCUUACGCUCAUCUCAGUCAGAAAGAAGAACAAAGUCACUGAUAAAAAUAUAUCCUGCAAAUUUCACAAAAGAGGCUCGCCGUCAUAUUCCUGCACAACUCAUUCAAGAGAUAAGUUCACUCAACAACCUUGAUAUGGAACUCUAUGAAUAUGCACAAGUGAUCUUUGAAAGGCAAAACAUACUCGGAGUGCAGAGAGCAGAUGUGAAAGAUGAUGAUGAUGGAAAGAUGAGCAGUCUCGAUGACGCCUCUUCGAGACUACUUCAUUUUGCAGUAUUCCCAUUUGUGUUUCUGUCUCUCUUACUUUUCAUCUUUGUAAACGCAAAACGAAAAAACUUGAAGGUUAAAGACAAGACAUAGAAAAAAGGAAACAUAUACAUAUACUAUAGAAGAAGAAUUAGUUCAGAAUACAGACAUUAUUGAAGAACCUCUGUCCUAAAACCUGCCAUGGCAAUAGUAUUAACUUGUUAAAUAUCUUGUUUUGAGAAAAUUUC